AUGACAAGCCUUCAUAAACGUAAUCAAGAAAGAACUCAUGAAGAGAAUCAGGAAAGAGCAUACAUUGCUGCCAGCCAUCGAGGGGAUAGGAGUAUGGAAGCUCGGAUAGAAUCGGCUCGCAAGGCUUCAGAAAUUCACAAAAAACGUACGGGAAAAGCUCUUCGUAUCACCCCAGAGGAUGUUAGGAACGAGGAGAUGUAUCAAGAAAUCGAUCCGGAAGAGGAAACCAAAUUAGAACAGUUUCAACGCAUCGGAGAACCCCCUCGUACUCAAGGUCGUAAUACCCGCGCUACUGAGAAAUGA